ACUUAGACUGUCAUGUUCACACCGCUAGAAAAUACGAGAAAUAAGCGUGUGUGUUACUUCCACGAUACAGAUAUUGGUCAUUAUCAUUAUGGUCCUGGACACCCUAUGAAACCCACAAGGGUUAAAAUGUGUCAUAGUCUAGUUAUGAACUACGGUUUAUAUAAGAAAAUGGAAAUAUUCCGCGCUAAACCAGCUACUCGUAAAGAAAUGACUCAAUUCCAUACCGAUGAGUAUGUAGAUUUCCUUAACAGGAUCAGUCCGGAUAAUAUGGAUUCGUACGCUAAAGAACAAGCUAAAUUUAACGUUGGCGAUGACUGCCCUGUAUUCGACGGUUUAUUCGAGUAUUGUUCCAUUUCAGCAGGUGGUUCGAUGGAAGGUGCAGCCAGACUGAGUAGAAACAAGACAGACAUCGCUAUAAACUGGGCAGGUGGUCUUCACCACGCUAAGAAGGCUGAAGCGUCUGGUUUUUGCUACAUAAACGAUAUAGUUUUGGGUAUACUAGAGCUAUUAAGAUACCACGACAGAGUUCUCUACAUUGAUAUCGACAUUCACCAUGGAGAUGGUGUUGAGGAAGCUUUUUACACAACUGAUAGGGUUAUGACAGUAUCAUUUCAUAAAUUUGGAGAGUAUUUCCCCGGCACUGGUGAUCUUAGGGAUAUUGGUUUCGGCAAAGGAAGAAAAUACUCUCUGAAUGUGCCCCUAAGGGAUGGUAUCACUGACGAUAAUUACAAGAGUAUUUUCGAGCCCGUCAUCGGUAAAGUAGUCGAAUGGUACAAACCCUCAGCUAUAGUUCUACAAUGUGGAUCAGACAGUCUAAGCGGUGACAAACUUGGUUGUUUCAACUUGAGUAUGCGAGGACACGCGAACUGUGUCUCAUUUGUUAAACAAUUUAAUCUCCCGCUUUUGAUGCUCGGUGGUGGUGGAUACACCAUUCGAAAUGUUAGUCGAGCAUGGGCGUACGAAACUGGAUUGGCAGCUGGCCAAGAACUCAGUCCAACACUACCAACAACUGAAUACAUCGACUACUUCGGUCCUUCUUACAAAUUAGACGUCCCUUCAUCUAACAUGGAAGAUCUCAAUACAUCUGCAUACCUAUCUAAUCUCAAGUCGGCCAUAUUUGAAAAUCUUCGCGAUAAAGAUUUCGCACCUAGCGUACAAAUGCAGCCAAUCCCACGAAUGAAUCAUGACGACGACGAUGACAACAAACGGGAAGACCUCGACGACCCAAAUGAAAGGCGUCCGCAGAGACUUUGGGAUAAAACCAUCCAGCGUGAUGAUGAAUUCAGCGAUAGUGAAGAUGAAGGCGAAGGUGGAAGGCGGAAUGAGCAGAGUUACGCGAAAGCACAACCAACUAUUUAGAAACAUAGCCAUCUGGCGAUGUAGUCAAUCUGUUUUGUAAUAUUACAUGUCUUGAAGCAUAUACAUAACUUAAAAUCUCG